GCAGGCCCGGCGCGGGCUUUGUUUUCGCGAACCUGUGUUUGCCGCCUGGGUUCCCGCGACCCCAACGUCCCAGAGGCGGGGCGGAGUCGCGGAGAAGCUCCAUGGAGCCCACGUCUGUUCUAGCCCAACAGACUCAGGCUUGGCGGAGGCUGCCGUGAGUGGAGUUUUGUGCCUGGGAUUCCUCGGAGGAACGGCAGCGGAACCCGGGGAAGGACGGUGGGCAACUUUCAGGGCCCUAUGGUGGGCUCCGCCCUCCGGGAGUCUGCGGCCGAUGAAGUAAAAGGCAACUAAUGGGAGAAAUAAAUUAAGAGGCCCACGAAUUCCUUGGGAAUCGUUUGUACUUAGGUUUCCUUUAAGCAAGAUGGUACCUUUCUACUUUCCUCCAUCAAAAUGUGCACUUUGGAACCCAAAACCAGUUGGAGAUUUCAUCUACUUACAUCUCAAUUACUACAGAAAUCCAAAGCUUGUGGUAACUGAAAAAUCCAUCCGGCUUGCUUGUCGUCAUGCUAAGCAGAAUAAAAAAAGCUUGCCAUGCUUUUUACUUGGUUCUUUCACAGUAAAUGAAGAUGAGGAAGGUAUAACAUUGACAGUAGAUCGUUUUGAUCCUGGUCGAGAAGUACCUGAGCGCUUAGAAAGAACUCCUACUGCUUCUCUUCCUGGGGACUUUGUGAUUCCAUGCAAAAUUCAUACUCAAGGACUGUGUUCAAAAGAAAUAAUAGUUUACAAUGCAGAUGACUUUAAUUCAGCUUUUAAGGUUCUGCAGCACCACGUAUGUAGCAAAGAUUCCUUGGAUUGUGGUAAACUGCUUUUGCUGAGAGCCCAUAUCACUUACAGGGAGAGUUUGGACAAUGUGGAUUUUGAUUUACACUGGGCAGCAGUAACUCUAGCAAAUACCUUUAAAUGCACACCUGUGAAGCCCAUCCCCAUUAUUCCAACAGCUCUGGCGAGAAACUUGAGCAGUAACCUGAAUAUUUCUCAAGUUCAAGGUGCCUAUAAAUAUGGGUAUCUUACCAUGGAUGAAAAACGCAAAUUGUUACUUUUGCUGGAAUCUGAUCCCAAGGUUUAUUCUCUACCAUUAGUGGGGAUUUGGCUAUCUGGAAUUAUACACAUCUAUAGUCCUCAGGUAUGGGCUUGCUGCUUACGAUACAUGUUCAGUUCUACCAUUCAGGAAAGGGUUUUUUCAGAAACUGGAAAUUUCAUUAUAGUUCUCUACUCUGUGACACAUAAAGAUCCUGAGUUUUAUGAAUGCCUCCCUUGCGAUGGCAGGUUACCUGACCUUCGAUUCCAGCUGCUAACUAGCAAGGAAACAUUACAUCUUUUCAAAAAUGUUGAACCUUCUGACAAAAAUCCAGCCCAUUUUGAACUGAGUGCUAAAAGCCAAAAUGCAGAAAUGGAAUUUUUCAACAAAGUUUUCAAGAAUCUUUCAAUUAAGAGGUCUUCCCAAAAGUUAUCUCCAGGGAAAAUGCCAAUAAAUGAUCAUGACUCUGGUGUUGAGGAUGAAGAUUUUUCUCCAAGACCAAUUCCUAGUCCUCAUCCAGUUAAUCAGAAGGUUUCUAAGAUCCAACCAUCAGUUCCUGAACUCUCACUUGUGUUGGAUGGCAAUUUCAUAGAAUCAAACCCCCUGCCUAACCCAUUGGAAAUGGUGAAUAAUGAAAAUCCUCCUUUGUUGAUUAACCACUCUGAACACUUGGAGCCAUUGCUACACCAGCUUUAUGAUGAGAAAAACAGCCGAGAAGCUGAAGUUGGAGAGCCUUCCUUGGGAAGGCUACCAAAUCAGUUACACCAGGGUGCUGCUCCUUUGAGACAUAGUGAAGUAAGAGAGCCAUCUACCUAUAAGAAAGGGAACCCCUAUGUCAGGAACAAUGUUAAACCAUCUUCUCUUAAUGGUCCAUCUCCUGAUACAUCUGAGAAGUUUGAAAUAGUUUCUGCUGGACAUGUACACAAAGAAGAGUAUCCUCUAAGGCCCUGCACAUUUAAUUCCAGGCAGUCUUCUCUUGCCUCACAGCCCCACCCACAUAAUUUUGAUUUUUCACCCCACAAUUCAGGAAGACCAAUGGAACUUCAGAUACCUACUCCCCUGCCACCAUCUUACUGUUCCACAAAUGUUUGCAGUUGUUGUCAGCAUCACAGCCGUGUUCAGUAUAAUGCAAUAAAUUCUUGGCAAGAAAUAAAUACAGUAGGAUCUGUUCAAGACCACCAGUCUGAAGCCUUUCAGAAGCAUCUAUUGUUUCACCCAACUGGAUGUCCAGCUCUGUACCAGAAUGCAUUCCGUUCUUCAAGUAGUCCUAUAGCUUUGAGACCUCAGGGACCCAUGGGUAGUGGUUCUCCCCACAACAGUGUAGAACCAUCACCUGUGGCAAGACUGCCUUCACAUGUAGACUCUUGUAAUCCACACCCUUGUGUAGUAUGCAUGCACACACCCAAGACUGGGUCAGAUAAUGGAAUGAUGGGACUAUCUCCGGAUGCAUAUAGGUUUCUCACAGAACAAGACAGACAGCUGAGACUACUCCAGGCACAGAUUCAGCGUUUGUUGCAAUCACAGUCUCUGCAGCCCUGUUCCCCUAAGACAACCAAUGUUGAAGACACAGUACAAGCUGCAAGACAAGUGGAAUUGGUUUCCAUGGAAUCACAGCCUUCCCCUGGUUUGCAUAUGAGAAAAAGUGUAAGCAUUGCUGUGAGCACAGGUGCCAGCUUAUUUUGGAAUGCACCAGGUGAUGAUCAUCAGGAGCCUGAAUCACAGUUGAGGCAAGAUGAUACCAAGAUUUCCAGUGAGGACAUGAAUUUUUCUGUUGAUAUUAAUAAUGAAGUCACAAGUCCUCCAGGUAGUGCAUCUUCAUUAAAAGCAGUUGAUAUCCCCAGUUUUGAAGAGAGCAACAUUGCUGUGGAAGAAGAACUUAAUCAGCCACUUUCUGUAUCCAACAGCUCUUCUUCAGUUGGAAGAAAAGAACCUGAUGUGCCCGUAUUCUUUCCGAAUUCGCUGCUGGCAGAGACUGUAAGCAUGUGCUUACAGAAUGGACCAACAGAGGGUGCCAGUAACAACUCUGAAACAUCAGGGGACCCAAAAAUUGAGCAAGUAAUGGAACCAUUGCCUCAUCAAACAUCAGAUAACCAAAAAAUAUACCAGGAUUUAUUGGAUCAAGUGAACCACCUACUGAAUAAUUCCUCCAAAGAAACCGAGCAGCCAUCUCCCAAAGCAGUAAUUAUCAGCCAUGAAUGUACCAGAACCCAAAAUGUUUACUGUACAAAGAAAAACAAACAUGAUUCAGGACUGGUGGACAAAGACUGUGUUCUUAAUGCAACCCUUAAACAACUAAGAAGCCUUGGAGUAAAAAUUGAUUCUCCCACUAAAGUGAAGAAAAAUGCACAUAAAGUGGAUCAUGCCAGUGUGUUGGCACGCAUCAGCCCCGAAGCAGUGAUUUCUGGAUUAAACUACAUGUCAUUUGCCAAUGUUGGCAUGAGUGGCUUAAACCCCAGUGGUGUGGAUUUGAGCAUGGAGGCAAAUGCUAUAGCUCUGAAAUAUUUAAAUGAAAAUCAACUGUCACAGCUCUCUCUCUCUCGAUCAAAUCAAAAUAACUUUGACCCAUCUUUUAGCCUUCUACAUAUUAAUACAGACAGAAGCACAGUGGGGCUUAGUUUAAUUUCACCAAACAACAUGUCGUUUGCAACUAAAAAGUAUAUGAAGAGAUACGGACUCAUACAAAGCAGUGACAAUAGUGAAGAUGAAGAGGAGCCUCCAAACACUACAGACAGGAGUGAACACUUGCUGAAUCAGAACCUUACAUCCAUACCUGAACAACUUGAUUUUCAGAAAGAACCUUCUAGGUAUGCCUGUGAAAUAAUCAGUCAUUACAACUGUGAAUCUGUGGGCACCCGCACAGAUAAGCCAGUGUUGAGAAAUAUUACAAAUGAAGCUGUGCAGUCAAAAGUAACACAGCAGUCAAAUGAAAACCCAGCUUUCUUACUAAAGAACCUUCAGCCAUGUCCUGCAGUGAACCUCCAAACUGGGAAAGCAGAGUUCACCCAGCAUCCUGAGAAAGAAAAUGAAAGGGACACUGCAGUUUUUGCUCAAAGUUUGAAACCUUCUGAAACUUUAAAGCAAAUGAAUAGUAUGAAUUCAGUAGGCACCUUUUUAGAUGUAAAGCGUCUCAGACAGUUGCCAAAAUUAUUUUAAACCUGUGACUCCCAUCCUCCUGACAAGAGGACAGCGUGUCUCCUGAAGAUGCUUAGGGAAGUCAGAGCCUUUCUGUAGUUUUGGGACCCCGGUCAUUCUAGGGACUGCUCUGUUUCUUGGUAGCAGCUGAUUGCAAAGAGCUGAACAAGUGACCCGAUUAUCUAUGAGACGGUUGGCUAGUCGGAAGGCUAAGUUCUUUUUGUUCAUAUAGGGCUGUUCAGCAUCACUGAAACCUUUUUGAAGAAAACAAAUCCUGAGAUUAGUUAUUUCAACAAAUUUAGGUAAACAGAGAAUCAUACAGCUCUGAAUCUGAACUCUUCUUUCAGACUGCACAUCUUGAAAAAUCCAUUUCCUAGCAUUUGUAUCUCUGCAUGUACCCAAUGUCUCCUAAAAGAACAUAAAGCUAUCAUGACCCUGGAAAAAUUAGUUCUUACUGAAUUUAAGAGGAAAGUUUUAUUUUUAAAAAAUAACUUAAGAUCUUUUAUACAGGGAGUGUAUAUGACCUCUUAAUUACGAUGCCUAUUAAAUUUUGUGGAAGUAAAACUUUUGCAAUUGGUGGGUUGAUGUUAAUGUAAUAUUUUUCAGUGUGUAGCACAAGCUAUCACAGAACAAGAAAAUUACUGAGUAUGAAUAUUUCAUAGCCUUUGUGAGUUUUUCAAAUGUUUUAGUGUUUUUAAUAGAAUUUAAUAAAAAUGUCUAGAUUGAUUGCUU